AUGGGCAUCGAUGUCAAAAAGAAGGUGCUGAAACGAAAACUGAAACAAAUGAAGGACGGUCAUGAGAAGAAAAAGGCCAAAGAAGUGGUAGAAGAGCAACCGAUGGAGGACGAUGAUGGUGAAAAGGUAGAAGAUGAAGAACAACAGGCUGAGGAGAAUACUGGUACCAAGGUUUCUGAGUUCUUGACGAAGACAACUUUCGCAUCAUUGGAUGGAAAAGUAAACUCAAAUUUGUUGAAGUCGGUGCAAAGACUGGGCUUCACCACAUUGACUGAAAUUCAAGCCAAAACGAUCGAUCCGUUGCUUGAGGGAAAAGAUGUGCUAGCCUCUGCGAAGACUGGAUCGGGAAAAACUCUCGCGUUUCUGCUUCCUGCCAUUGAACUCCUUCAUAAACUGAACUGGAAGCAGCAUAAUGGAACUGGAGUCAUCAUCGUCUCGCCUACUCGCGAGCUUUCGAUGCAAACGUACGGAGUGUUAACCGAGCUCUUGGAAGGUUCUAAUUUGACUUUUGGACUCGUUAUGGGAGGAUCGAACAGAAGUGCAGAAAAAGACAAGCUGGCUAAAGGUGUUUCCAUCUUGGUCGCCACUCCUGGACGUCUUCUCGACCAUCUUCAAAAUGACAACUUCCUAGUUCGCAAUUUGAAAUGUUUGAUCAUUGACGAAGCUGAUAGAAUUCUGGAUAUCGGAUUCGAGAUUGAGAUGCAACAGGUUCUCCGUCAUCUGCCAAAACAACGUCAGUCGAUGUUGUUCUCUGCAACACAUUCUCCAAAAGUUGACGAAUUGGUAAAAUUGGCUCUUCAUUCAAAUCCAGUUCGUGUAUCAGUAAACGAGAAAGCAGAAGAAGCUACUGUCGAAGGAUUGCAGCAAGGAUACAUUGUGGCUCCUUCUGACAAACGUCUUCUCCUUUUGUUCACAUUCUUGAAGAAAAACAAGACUAAGAAAGUGAUGGUCUUCUUCUCGUCAUGCAAUUCAGUCAAAUUCCAUCAUGAGCUUCUCAACUACAUUGACGUUCCGUGCAUGUCUAUUCAUGGAAAGCAGAAACAACAGAAACGUACUUCAACAUUCUUCACGUUCUGUCAAGCUGAAAGUGGAAUUCUCCUCUGUACCGACGUCGCUGCUCGCGGUCUGGACAUCCCAGCGGUUGACUGGAUCGUUCAGUACGAUCCUCCAGAUGAGCCAAGGGAAUACAUUCAUCGCGUUGGACGUACGGCGCGUGGAACAAAUGGAAGUGGAAAAGCACUGCUCGUUCUGAGACCGGAAGAACUUGGAUUUUUGAGAUAUUUGAAAGCUGCGAAAGUUACUUUGAAUGAAUUCGAGUUCUCAUGGAACAAGGUGGCCAACAUUCAAACACAGCUGGAGUCUCUCAUCAGUAAAAACUAUUAUCUCAACAAGUCGGCAAAAGAGGCAUACAAGUGCUAUUUGAGAGCGUAUGAUUCCCAUUCACUGAAGGACAUCUUCGAUGUGACUACUAUGGACCUAACAGCUGUUUCCAAAUCAUUCGGAUUCUCCGUUCCUCCAUUCGUCGAUCUUCCAAUCAGUAACAAGCCGAAGGUGGAGAUCAGAUCCAAACUUUCCGGGGCCGGAUACCGCAAGAAGAAGCAGUCGUUCAGUUUCAAGACGAAGAAAUGA